AUGAGGUUAUUCGCUACCGGCCGAGCUCUGCGUGCAAGCAGUGGCCGCUGGUUAAUUACCCCAACCAGACCUCAAACCGCCAUUCCCCGCUCCCUCCAAUUGAAGCCCAUCCUCACCCACGCCCGCGGAUGGAGCUCAACCACAGCUCGCCGAACAUGCGAACAGGAAACCACCACAGCUCCCAAAACACGCAAACAACAACCGACCCUCAAGAUCGAAGGCGACGUCUACCAAACUGACGAAUGGACCAAUACCCCCGACACAAUCCUCUCCCACGUCGGCCGCCGACUCUACCUUGACGACAACCACCCCCUCGCCAUCACUCGCAAGCUCAUCGAAAGCCAAUUCCCAGCCCCAACCUACGGCAACUACUCUGAGAAGAACCCAGUUGUUUCAACAAGGCUCAACUUCGACUUCCUCGGCUUCCCGCCGGACCACCCGGGCCGCAGCCGCACAGACACCUACUACGUGAACGACAAGACCGUACUGCGCACACACACAAGCGCACACCAGCAAGCCUACUUCCAGCAAAUCGCACGAAAUGAGAAAACCCGCCCCGAAGAAGUCGGCUACACCGUCAUCGCAGAUGUCUACCGUCGCGACGCAAUCGACCGCAGCCACUACCCGGUCUUCCACCAGAUGGAGGGCGCAAUGCUGUGGAAGCGGCCAGCAACGGACCCGCUGUCCGCAUCAUCCGAAACCGCGGCGAAGGUCCUGGCGGACCUAGAGAAGAUUCCGAGGCAUGACAUCGUUGUCGAGGAUCCGAACCCAACUAUUCAUCCCCAGCGCAACCCGCUGCAAUCAGCGCACCACAGUGCCGAGGAGGUCGAGGCUAUCGGUGCGCAUCUGAAGCGCUCGCUCGAGCGCAUGGUUAUCAAGGUCUUCACGGAGGCUAGCAAGGCCGCGGCGGCUAGUAGCGGUGCUGCCGGGGCUGAGCCGCUGAAGGUGCGCUGGGUUGAGGCUUAUUUCCCGUUCACCAGUCCGUCGUGGGAACUGGAAGUUUUUUGGCAGGGUGAUUGGCUGGAGAUUCUGGGGUGCGGUGUUAUCAAGCAGGAUCUGUUGAUUAAUUCGGACGUGCCGGACCACGUUGGGUGGGCGUUUGGACUGGGCAUUGAGCGGAUUGCGAUGCUUUUGUUUAAUAUCCCUGAUAUCCGUCUGUUCUGGUCGCGGGAUGAGCGGUUCUUGUCACAGUUCCGGGCUGGUGAGAUUGCGCGCUUUGAGCCUUUCUCGAAGCAUCCGGCUUGUUAUAAGGAUGUUGCUUUCUGGUUGCCUCCGGCCGCUGUGACGGGUGGUAGCAGUGCUGCUGGUGGUGCUGUGCCGUUCCAUGAGAAUGAUGUUAUGGAGAUUGUUCGGGGGAUUGGUGGGGAUCUUGUCGAGGAUGUUACUCUCAUUGAUGAGUUUACGCAUCCUAAGACUUCGCGCAAGAGCAUGUGCUACCGUAUCAACUAUCGGAGCUUGGAGCGGACUUUGACGAAUGAGGAGACCAAUGAGAUGCAUCUCAAGGUCCGGGAGAAGUUGGUCGGGGAACUUGGGGUUGAGCUCAGGUGA